CAAAGGCCCGGGUGCUGGCUCAGGGAGCAACUUGAAAGAGGCCACUCACUACCGUUAGCCUCUUUAGCUACACACUACAAGCUACUAGCUAGCCCGGCGGCUAAUUAGCGAUCCAAAACAUCAGUUAAUUUUAAUGCCGCCUGCCCCCUUCGAGCCAUGGCAGGAACACAGUUUUCACAGGCGGAAUGCGAAUUGUAUUACCUCAUUGCCAGAUUUCUGCAAUCUGGACCUUGUCAAAAAUCAGCCAAGAUUCUGGUCGAAGAGCUGGAGGAGUAUGAGUUGAUCCCACAACGAUGGACUUGGGACGGAAAUAAAUAUAAACGGACCUUCCAAGAUUGGAUGAUUUUGAAUGAGCACAUUCCUUCAGACUAUCUACUGCGUGUUUGUAAGCGGAUAGGCCCACUCAUAGAGAAGGAGAUCCCACCAAGUGUUCCUGGUGUCCAAACGCUUCUGGGCCUGGGAAGACAGUCUUUGCUUCGUACCACCAAAAGUUGCAGUCACAAAGUAUGCAGUGGCUCAUCUGUUGCUGCGCUUCACAGAGGACGUCCACCAGAACCCCCAGUCAACAAUGGAUAUUCCACCAAUGUUGUAUCCACCAUGGAUGCUCGGCAAACCACUGGCACAGUUCGUUUUGGACAGGUGCUGCCAUCUUUCACUUACCAACACAUGAGGAUACACAAACGUAUCUUGGGCCACCUAUCUGCAGUCUACUGCGUAGCCUUUGAUCGUACCGGUCGACGAAUUUUUACAGGUUCAGAUGACUGCCUUGUGAAAAUCUGGGCGACAGAUGAUGGCCGGCUCCUGGCAACGCUUCGUGGCCACGCAGCUGAGAUCUGCGAUAUGGCCGUCAACUACGAGAACUCUCUCCUUGCCUCGGCAAGCUGUGACAAAAUCAUCAGAGUGUGGUGCUUGCGAACCUGUGCGCCAAUCACUGUGCUGCAAGCGCACGCUGCCUCAAUCACAUCGAUUCAGUUCUGCCCUUCAGCCAGGGGUGCGACGCGCUUCCUGUCCUCUACAGGUGCUGAUGGCAUGGUGUGUUUCUGGAAGUGGCACUCUGUCAGCAUGAAAUUUGAUGAGCAGCCAGUUAAAUUUGUCGAGCGGUCACGUCCAGGGGUGCAGGUCUCUAGUUCUUCCUUCAGUGGUGGUGGAAUGUUCAUGGCUACGGGUGGAAGCGAUCACAUGGUCAGGGUUUACUACCUUGGUGCUGAGACCCCCAUGAAAGUCUCGGAGUUGGACGCUCACACGGAUAAAGUUAUGGUAGUCCAGUUUUGCAAUAAUGGUGACAGCCUCAGGUUCGUGAGUGGAAGUCGUGAUGGCACAGCAAGGAUUUGGCAUUACCAACAACAAGAGUGGAAGAGCAUCGCUUUAGACAUGGCUGCCAAGCUUCCAGGGAGCUCUGUCGUCAAUGGAGAUGACAAAACCAAGCUGAUUGUGACCAUGGUAGCUUGGGACCGCGCUGAUCACACCGUCAUCACAGCCGUGUCAAACUAUCAGCUUAAAGUGUGGAAUGCAACUUCCGGAGAGCUGCUUCAUGUUUUAUGUGGUCAUGACGAUGAGGUGUUUGUGCUGGAGGCGCAUCCAUUUGACCCGCGCAUCAUGUUGUCAGCCGGCCACGAUGGCAAUGUUUACAUUUGGGAUUUGAGCAAGGGAUUGAAGAUUCGCAAUUUCUUCAACAUGAUUGAAGGUCAAGGUCAUGGGGCUAUUUAUGACUGCAAGUUCUCAUCUGAUGGUCAGAAUUUUGCCUGCACUGACUCACAUGGCCAUUUGCUUAUCUUUGGCUUCGGUUGCAGCACACCGUAUGAGAAGAUUCCUGACCAGAUGUUCUUCCACACGGAUUACCGGCCUCUUAUCCGAGACGCAAACAACUACGUCCUGGAUGAGCAGACGCAGCAAGCCCCCCACCUUAUGCCUCCACCUUUCCUAGUGGAUGUCGACGGAAAUCCACACCCUACGUGCGAUCAGCGCCUGGUACCGGGAAGAGAAAACUGCAAAGACGAUCAGCUAAUACCUCAACUUGGAUACAUGACUAACAAUGAAGGCGAAUUGGUCGAGCAAGUUCUUGGCCAGCAAAAUGCAGAAAAUGGAGAAAACAUUCUGGAUAACCUCAUCAGGCAGUUGCAGGAUGAUCAUCAGAAUGCAGAACCCCAGGCCGAUGAAACAGAAGGUGAUGAUGUGGAGGUGGUAGACUCUUCUCCAGAUGUGGGUGCUCGCAGGAGUGGGCAGGUGGACGGCGUGUGGCAAAUGCAGCAUAAUGUCCUGCGCAGUCAAGUGGCCACCGAGAGAGACUUGUUGGCCUGGAGCCGCAGAGUCGUGGUCAAUGAAUUGCCACAAGGAAUAUUUAUUGUUAUGGAGGAAAGCAGGCAAGCCAAGAGUGAACGGGAAUGUUUUCUAUACAAUGCGGAAAGGAGAAAGAAAGCAAUGACAUGUCCACCCAAGACAGAGCCCCUGAACACACGCUUGCGCUCCUUACGGCCGACCAAGAAAAAACAGCAGCGGCAUACUUAUGAAACACGCUCAGCUCAAGUACGCCGUCCACGGAACCGGAGUGGUCCCGAACGUACUUCUGGCAGCCCUGCGGACUCUGACAGUGAAAAAGAACAGGGAGCAGAGCAUGGGGAGGCCAGCAGUGUGUCAUCUGAAAGUGAAGCACAGUGGCAGAGUGAGAGCAGCUCCAGUGAUUCCUCCAGUGAGUACUCUGAUUGGACUGCCGAUGCUGGGAUUAACCUCCAGCCCCCUAAGCGAUCAACCAGGAGGCUCCUCCACCCCUCGGGUUACAGCAGCUCCGAGGAGGAGGAGGAAGGUAAUGAGAAUGCAAAGGAGGAAAAGAAAAGGGAAAGCAAAGAGAAGAAGAAAAAACCCAAAGAGACCAAACAGAAACCCCCAACCUCUCUGGGAGGACUUGAUGCAUUGGCGUGGAUGCCACCCUCAUGGAUAAUGGAGACCAUCCCACAUCGCUCACCAUUUGUUCCACAAAUGGGAGAUGAGCUCAUCUACUUCAAACAGGGCCACCAGGCCUAUGUUCGGGCGGUCCGUAGGGCCAAAGCCUACAGUAUCAACCCUCAGAAACAACCAUGGAACAAACUCCAACUCAGGGACCAGGAAUCUGUGAAGGUCGUCGGAAUUAAAUAUGAAGUGGGACCGCCGACUCUCUGCUGCCUCAAACUGGCUUUCUUAGACCCAGUUUCAGGAAAGAUGACUAAUGACUCAUUCUCCCUAAAAUACCACGACAUGCCUGAUGUCAUAGAUUUCCUUGUACUACAGCAGUUCUACAAUGAGGCCAAAGAUCACAACUGGCAGCCAGGCAUGAGAUUCCGCAGCAUCAUCGAUGACGCUUGGUGGUUUGGCUUGGUGGAGGACCAGGAGCCUUUGCAGUUGGAUUAUCCAGACAGCCUGUUUCAGUGUUUUGCAGUCAAGUGGGACAAUGGUGAGCAGGAGAAAUUGAGUCCUUGGGACAUGGAACCUAUUCCCGAGGAAGCUUUAUUACCCGACCAGGUGGGUGGCGGCGUGGAGGUGGCAGAGGAGGAGCUCGAAGCGCUGCUUUACAAGCCUCAGGAAGGAGAGUGGGGGGCGCAUACACGGGAUGAAGAGUGCACCAGAAUCAUCCAUGGCAUUAAUCAGCUGCUUACACUUGAUGUAGCUAAGCCCUUUGCUUCGCCUGUAAACCUUGAAGAGUACCCUCUGUACUGCACUGUGGUGGCCUACCCCACGGACUUCAGCACAAUCCACAAACGCCUGGAGAACCAUUUCUACAGGCGGAUCUCUGCUCUAAUGUGGGAGGUACGCUACAUUGAACACAACGCCCGCACGUUCAACGAACCCCAGAGCCCAAUUGUCGCUGCGGCCAAAGUGGUGACAGACGUUCUUCUCCACUUCAUCGGAGACCAAAGCUGUACAGAUAUUUUGAACCUUUAUCAUAGACUGAAAUCUGAGCUCAGCAGUGGAGAAGACGAGACAAGAGAGGUGGAUGUGGACUCAGACACUCCGGGGACAUCUUCAGGACAUUGGGAAAGUAACUCAAACAAGCGCGGGGUGGUCUUGGACGUCAGAGCAUGGCGAGGCCAAUGUCGAGAGCUGCUGCGUAAAAUGAUCUCCUCCCAUGAUUCUCAGCCGUUCAGGCAACCGGUUGAUCUCUUUGAGUAUCCGGACUAUCGAGACAUCAUUGACACACCCAUGGAUCUGGGUACUGUGUCAGAGACGCUGAUCGCCGGGAAUUAUGAGAACCCAAUGGAGUUCGCCAAAGAUGUCCGCCUCAUUUUUAGCAACUCCAAAGCGUACACACCAAACAAGAAAUCCCAGAUCUACACAAUGACACUCAGCUUGUUGGCCUUUUUUGAAAAGAGCAUCAUCUCCAUCAUCUCUGAUCACAAGUCAGCCAUUCAGAAUGAACGGCGGGCUCGUCAAAGAGAGACUUAUAGGAAUCAGUUGCACAACGGAGGUAGCUCGCCAACGAUGAGCUCUAAAAAGAAGCACAAGUCCGAUACGGCGUCACACUCCAAAAAAUCCAAGACCUCAAUGAAGAAUCGCUCUCAGAGACCACAUAGAGCUCAACAAAGCAGAAAUGUAGCACAGCAAGAGGAAGAGGAAGAGGAGGAGGAGGAUUGCGAUGUUCAGCCUUCCUCUCCAAGUUCAGGGACAAGCAGCGACAACGGAAACCAACAGCUGCACCGAACCAAGCGCAACCAAGCAACUCCGACCAGGAAGUCAGGACUCCAGCUGCAGCCGAGACGCGUCUCCAAGCCGCAGCAUGGCACGGCCGUAGCUCAGACUGACGACGAGUCCAACAGUUCCUCGUCCGAGUCGUCUUCCACGUCGUCGCCGUCGUCUUCCUCCUCCUCCUCUUCAUCCGACAGUGAGAGCAGCUCGGACUGCGAGGCGGAGAACUACGUGGAAGGCGGCGAUCACGACUACAGCAAAGCACCCAGUCUGUCGCUGCGGAUCUCUUUGAAGGACAAGACGGUCACCUCAGGGAAGCGGAAAUUUAAAGCAGGAGAGGACAUAAUGAAGGGUGCUAAGAAAGCACGGGUGCAGCAGCCUGAGGAGGAGGAGGAGGAGGAGGAAGAAGAAGAAGAGGAGGAGGAGGAGGAAGAAGAUGAUGAGGAGGAGGAGGGGCAGCAGCAAAUAGCAGGAAAUAUAAGUCAUGGGGUACAGGAAGACGAGGAAGAAGAGGAGGAGCUGGAAGAGGAGGAAGCAGAUGAAGAGGGGGAAGAUGAUAGCACGUCAACAACAGCGUCGUUUGAAGCCGCUGCCAAAGGCUCAGCAAGCAGCCCGUACAACAAGCCUCAUCAGGUGAACACUCGCCGGCAAGGCCGCAGGACAGUCACGUACCGGGACGAGUCGGAAGACGACGCUCAAAGCUCCAAGGAUGACGACCCCCUCAACCUGGGCAGGUCGCGUUCGGGACGGGUGCGCCGCAUGACUGAGAAAGCCCGCGUCAGCCACCUCAUGGGCUGGGGCCACUGAACCUCAAGAACACUAGCAACUACACUGCAGGGAUUUUUUUUUCUUUCUCUUUUGUACAGGUGUGUAAAUAAUAAAUAUAUAGUAUGUAUAAAUAACCGACGGUGUUUGGGGGGGGUUUCUCACUUUUUACGAUGGUGCUACCAAUAUGUCGCCAUGGGGUUUUUGUCACCCCGGCCAAUCGCUGCUGGUCAUCUUGGCCCUUCUCCUUACCUGCGACUCAUCACCUCGGCCUUACCACUCCUCUUCAUCUCCUCCUCAUCACGCCUUCAACACUCGUCCUCCCUGCUGCUUGUCUCGUCACUGGCCACCAAAGAAAAGAAGGAAGCAGGGAUGUGAAAACAUGGUGCUCGUUUCUUCCCAGUCCCUCCUGCCGUCUGGAUAACCUUUUAACUAGCUGGUUGUUUUUCUUGACCUUUCAUGAAACCAGAGAGAAUGAUUCAGUCAUCCAGCUGCCUCACGAUUUCCGCAAACUGUACAUAAGACGUCUUCCCUUCCUUCCCUUUAAUGACAUUGUGUUUUUUUUUUUUUAAGUUUGUUUUUAAUAUGCAUCUUAUUGUUCCUAGAUAGAUGCCGUUAUGAAGGCUGACUUUGUAUCCCAACCAUCUUUCACGGUGAUAGUUUUUGAUUCUAUUUGACUUUGGUUGCUGUGUCAUGCAUUGAGGAACAUGACAUAUUUUGCACAGUUUAUCUUCUCCAUGUGGCAGCUUAGCAAUGAUGAUAAUAGAGAAAGGUAAUAGGUUGAAAAUUGUGUACGAAUUGCUUGAGCACCCUAUUUCUCAUCUUUUGGGUAUGUAGCUAAUAAUUAGUUCUUAUUUGUCUAACUGGAUUUGCAAUGUGUCCACUGUUUACGUUGUGCCAUCAUGCGGUGGGAAAUCAAAUCAGACAACUCUGAACAAGUUUUUUUUUUUUCCUUUUACGGAGAACAUAAUUGGGUACUGUAAGCAGAAGCAUUAAUCCGUGUGAACAAAAUGAUUAUCUUUAACAUCUGAUCUCUUAAGCAUCAAAACAGUCGAUGUGUAUCAUUCUACCGUGGGUGGAAGAACUAAACUUUGUGAAUUUUUUUUUUUUAUACACAUUGUUCAAAUUUUUUCUAAUUAAAGUGAAAAACAUAUUACAA